AUGUCUAGCAAUGACUCCCACCCCCGCACGAGGCUGAACAACAUAUUGCAGGGGAUCUACGGUCCCUCUGCACAAGACCAUGUCAGGUGGGAGGUCAAUUCGCAAGGCCCUCCCAACGCUUUGGUGUGGUAUGCGUCCGUCUACAUCGAUGAUAUGAAUUACGGCACCGCUUCAACGCGCACCAGAGGUGGUGCUCUGGACGGGGCUGCGGAACAGGCAUGUGAACACCUGAGCCAUGAAAGGCCCCCAGGCUCCCGCCGAUGA